AUAAGUGCGGGAAUAAGCAAACCCUCGACCUAAAAAAUGAAAAAGAAAAAUCAGUAAAAAGGAAACAAACACACAAUCCCACCUUAAAUCUCUGUAUCUUGGCCGACUGUUGUUUCAUCCAACGAGGCGAGGAUCAAUAAUGGAGUCCACUCUCAAAAAAUACUUCGGGUUCUCCACAUUCCGACCUUACCAGAAAGAAAUUGUGGAGAGUAUUCUGCAAGGUAAAGAUUGCUUAGUGGUUAUGGCGACCGGCAGUGGCAAGUCAUUGUGCUAUCAGGUGCCUCCUUUAAUAUUGAAAAAGACUGCUGUAGUGAUAAGUCCGCUUAUAUCCUUAAUGCAGGAUCAGGUCAUGGCCUUGAAGCAACGGGAUAUACGAGCGGAGUAUCUUUCUAGUGCUCAGAAUGAUCUGAAUGCCUAUGCUAAUGCUGAGAGAGGUCGAUAUGAUAUUCUGUACAUGACACCAGAGAAGGCCUGUACGCUUCCGAGCAGUUUCUGGUCAAGAUUACUAGAUUAUGGAAUUUGCUUAUUAGCUGUUGACGAAGCACAUUGCAUAUCAGAGUGGGGACAUAACUUCAGGAUGGAAUACAAACAAUUAGACAAACUGCGUGAUGUUCUUUCAAAUGUUCCAUUUGUUGGAUUAACAGCAACAGCUACUGAAAAGGUUCGUGAUGAUGUCGUAAAGUCAUUGAAGUUGCAAUCUCCCCAUAUAACCAUUGGCUCAUUCGACCGUCAGAAUCUCUUCUAUAGUUGCAAAUCUUUUGUCAAGGGCAGUGCUUUUUUGAACGAACUUGUGGCAGAAAUCUCUACCUGUGUUAAUAAAACAGAAUCAACUAUAAUAUACUGUAUUACUGUCAAAGAUGUGGAAGAGAUCUUUGUGACCCUUAAGGAAGCAAGAGUUCAGUCUGGAAUGUACCAUGGACAGAUGUCUAAUAAAGCACGUGAGGACUCCCACAGAUCCUUCAUCAGAGAUGAGUUUUAUGUUAUGGUUGCAACUAUAGCUUUCGGGAUGGGCAUUGACAAGCCUGAUAUAAGACAUGUGAUACACUAUGGCUGCCCAAAGAGUUUGGAAUCAUAUUAUCAGGAAAGUGGGCGUUGUGGUAGAGAUGGGGUUCCUUCGUACUGCCGGCUAUAUUACACAAGAAGUGAUUUUGGGAAGGGUGAAUUUUAUUGUUCUGAAGCACGCACAGCAGACCAAAGAAAAGCAAUAAUGGAUUCAUUUGCGGCAGCACAACGUUAUUGCAUGGUGACAACCUGCAGAAGAAAUUUUCUCUUAGGAUACUUUGGAGAGAAAUACUCAUCGUCUAGCUGUGGGAGUUGCGACAAUUGCACCAGCUCUAAAAAAGAGAUUGAUAUGUCUAGAGAGGCAUUUCUUCUUAUGGCUUGCAUUCAAUCAUGCGGGGGACACUGGGGUCUCAAUUUGCCUGUUGAUGUUCUUCGCGGAUCUAGAUCCAAGAAAAUUCUUGAUGCUCAGUUUGAUAAGAUUCCGUUCCAUGGCUUAGGAAAAGAUAUUUCAGCUAAUUGGUGGAAGGCACUAUCUUCUCAAUUAAUUUCACAAGAUUAUUUGGUGGAAACCUUCAAAGAUAUAUACAAAACUGUAAGAGUUGGACCGAAAGGAAUUCAGUUUUUGAAUUCCUGCAACCCUGAUUAUCAACCUCCAUUAUAUAUAACAUUGACUCCGGAAUUGGCUGGUGAUGAUGCAGUCAGAGUUGCAACUGGUAAUGGGAUUGUUGACAAUUUGGGUCAGGAUUCUGAUGGAUUAUCCCAGGUUGAAGAUAAGCUCUAUAAAAUGCUUCUGGAAGAGAGAAUGAAACUUGCAAAAGCACAUGGAACUGCUCCGUAUGCAUUAUGUGGUGAUCAAACAUUAAGAAGGAUUACAUUGAUGAGGCCUUCAACAAGAGCAAGGCUAGCAAAUAUUGAUGGUGUGAACCAGCACUUUUUAAAUACAUAUGGAGAUCGUUUGCUGCAAAUCAUUAGGCAGCUAUCACAAGAACUGAGUCUUCAUUUGGAUGGGGAGCCAAGGGCAGAAUCUCCAAUGCCAAGUAAGGCUGCAACGAUUCACAGGAAAAAAAGCUUGACACCAGCAAAGUUCGACGCCUGGAAAAUGUGGCAAGAAGAUGGCCUUACACCCCAAAAAAUUGCUAAUCAUCCAAGUAGAGCAGCUCCAAUAAAAGAAGACACAGUCUUGGUGUAUAUUAUUGAAGCCGGAAGAGAGGGAUGUCCCAUUGACUGGGCCAGAUUAUGUCUAGAGGUUGGACUGACGCAGGAGAUAUUCAACAACAUUCAGGAAGCUGUGUCAAAAGUUGGGACAAAUUUAAAACCUAUAAAAAAUGAAUUACCUGAAGAAGUAACCUACAAUCAGAUAAAGGUCUGCUUGGUGAUGCAAGAGAUGGGAAUAUCAGCUGAAGUAAUUGCAUCUAACCAUCAACAAAGCUGCAAAGUAGAUAACUCCAAGAAAGAGAUGUCAGAACUCUCCGGAAGAUCCAGCCUUCCAUCCCAGACUGACAGUGUCGAAAAUCAGACAAAAGUUGAUAGUGCGGUGAAUAAUAAUUCAGCCGGAAAAUUUGAGGAUGCAGAUAAUUUAACUUGCUCUAGGAAACGCCAGAAACUUGAGGAACCAGAAGCAGUGCAGUCUGUUGCUAUGGAAGCUACUGAGGAUUCUUUACUUGACUGGCUCAAGAACUUCAAAGAUGGGGUACUGCUGUCGGAUAUUCUGGAGCAUUUCCAUGGAUCGAGAGAAGAGUCAGUGAUCGACCUCCUAAAUGGCCUUGAGGAAUGAUACAGUUGAAUCAGAAACUGCAUAUGAAAAUUACUUUUGUGGCCCUACAACAAAAAAGAAGGAAAGUAUAGGUGUUAGUUUUGGUUAGAAUGGCCAGGCAGAAGAUCAUCUGGAUCAACGUCGAUGCCAAUCCGCCUCUUGACGGAUGCACAUGUAUACUGAGGCGUCCUGCAGUGCUUCUGCAGCUGGACAAACCUCACAAUGUCGAAGUUGUGGGUCUUGAUGAGCUUCCUCUGCCUGGAGAGGAAGAGCCUCAUGAGCAGGUCCUGGUAGCUGGGGUCUCUGGAAGUGAACAUGAAGUAGGCGUAGCCUAUGACGAUACCUGCUGAGGUGGUGAAGAAGGCGAUGGGCUCCAUGACGUCCCACGAGAACUCCCAGAAGGUGAGGCGGAAGAAGAGGCCAACCUGCACCACAGCCAGCCCCAAGCCUGUCCACAGUAUGCGCCGCACCUGCUUGUGUGCAGCCAUGUCGAUCUCUUCUUUCUUUUCUUGCAGCUUCUGGAGCUCCGCCUUCCACGCUUCCGCCUCCUCCUCCGCUACCAUGGCUAGAGGCACUGCCUUCCUCACCAGAUCAACCACCUACACAACAAUCAAUGUCAAUGUCUUUGAUCAAAUUAUAGAUAGUUUUAGCUCUACUUAUCAUCAUUCAAAACUACUCAAGUAGAGCUCCACUUCUCAACCGCGUCAUGUACAACUGUGAACCGUUGAUUCUACAAAAAAAAGUUAUUUUCAAAUCUUAUAAAUU